AUGGCCGGCCUCACAUGCCAGACUCAAGCAAGUGAUGGCGGGAUCAGUGAAGAUGAUGCUAUCUCUUCUCCCUUUAUCUACAUACCCAAGACCCAGAAGAAGCAGAAUACCAGCAGCAAAGAAGACUAUAUAACGUCCUUCCUCUUCGAAGACCAGCGCCCCUUUGGUGCCUCUGCUGGAGAUGAAGCAUCCUAUUUCCCACCAUUCCAAGUAACAGAACUCGAUACGCAGACGGUGACAGACCUGGCGCUGCCCGGUAGGACGUACACGGCCACCGGAAGCCCAGUAUCGACCUUCUCCAUGUCUAGCGCUGACGACGAGGACAUCCCGGAGGUGCAGAGCUUGAUCAAGCCAUCUGCCACUACGUCUACUUGUACCGCUACAUCUACAUAUAAACCAAGUGAUGCGGGAUCCAGAGCGUCCUCCUUCUCCAUAGAGCGGCGGCGGACGUCAAGGGGACAGGCCUCUUCGUCUUCCAGGUCAACUUCGUCAACCAGGCCGAGGCGUAGCAUGCAGCAUCUACGCGGGAGAUCUGGGACUGGGACUGGGACAUAUGUCAAAUAUACAUCCUCUCGGUCAGAUACAAGUAGCAGCUCGCAGCGUAACGAGCGCGAUCUCAUUACUCUGCAUCGGGAAAGCUGCCUUCUGUUCAGUCAGACAGGGCCAUACAAAGAGCUAUCGUCGUCUCCUACAGACCGCAACCCCUUAUCAGCCCGCCACGCCAACUCACACGCCUCUACCGCACCAGCCAGGCGCCCUUCUUUCCAACAUACUCAACACUCAGCUUCUGCAUCUCCACUGCUCAGGCCAGAAAACACGCCUACUUCUCCAUUCCAGUCGGAUGGCAUCCCGUCUCCGCCCAUCAACCAGUCCACAUGGAACCCCCUGAAUGACGAAACUAUCAACAUCUCCUCUUCACCACCGCCUCUCCCCAAGACAGUAAUAGACUGGACUUCCCCCUCAACCAGGCGGAGGGAAUAUGAGAAGAUUGACCGUGCCAGUCGCGGGAUACGUGGCGCCUGGAGAAAGUUUGCUCCCCAGUGGUGUCAGAGUAAAGAUGCCCGAGCGCCCUUUUUCGAAGAGUGCAAGGCCGGCCAUGCAAAGGAUGACGGCAGCGUGAGGAGAUUCCGCAUGGAUAUCCCAGAGGAAGAAGAUGCUGAUACAGUAGCCGAUCAACCAUCGCGUCCGGGGCUAGGCGUUUUGAGAAACGGACUCGUCUCAGCGCUUACUAGACUCAAGUCAGAGAAUGAGGCUGUUCAGCCUGUCAAUGAGAAGGAGAAUUCUGCUCCCAUUCCCAUCAAAUCGUGGCGGCCUUUCGUCAGCAGACGUAACUCGUCUUUCGUCUAA